AUGGCAAGUUGCGAUACUAAUACUUGUCAAAGUGUUGGAUCUUCUCAACCAUCUACUGUAAAAAGAAAGUCUAAUGAUAUAGGUUGGGAGUAUGGAGUAAUUCAUGAUCCGAAUAAGUCAAUGGACAAGGUUAGAUGUUUAUUGUGCAAGAAAGUAAUGUCUGGUGGAGUUUAUCGAAUUAAAGAGCAUAUUGCUGGCAUACUAGGAAAUGUUAGCAAAUGCCCCACAGCUUCAAAGGAAGAUCAAUUAAAAUGUAGGGGAGUUCUCAUGAUGGCAAAGAACAAAAAGAAGAACAAGAGAGCUGAAGAUGUUAAUCUCAGAGCAGAGGUAAAGAUUGAUGUUCAUGAGAGUACGAGUAAUACUAAUAGUAUAGAUGUUGAUGAGUUGCAACAGUUUGGACUUGUGAAGCCACCUCAUCAAAUUGGCCCUAUGGAUAAGUUUGCAAAUCAAAUCAAUCAUGAAUGUUCUUCAAGUUCAGGAAAGGGCAAGGCACAACAACGGAUUAUUGAGGCAUUUGACAAAGAAAGGGGUAACCGGGUGAAAGAGUACAUAUGCAGAUGGGCCUAUGAAGCAGCCAUUCCAUUUCAUGCUUUUGAGAGAGAUAGCUUCAAGUUGCUACUUGAAGCAAUAGGUCAAUAUGGUCCGGGGGCUCAAGGACCAAAUAGAUAUGAAAUGAGUGAGACGUAUUUGAAAAAAGAGGUUGAUCGAGUUCGAGAAGCUUUGAAAGUACAUGAAGCGGAGUGGAAACUAAAUGGGUGCUCAAUUAUGAUCGAUGCAUGGACAGAUAGGAAUAGAAGAAGCAUCAUGAACUUAUGUGUUAACUCAAGGUUGGGCACAAUUUUUUUAUCUUCUAAAGAAUGUUCAAUUGAGGCACACACAAAUCAGUUUAUAUUUGAGUAUGUGGAGCAUGGCAUUCAACAAGUUGGAGAGGAUAAUGUUGUUAAAUUGUCAUAG